UCCCGAGCCCGUCAGAGCCACAGCCGGGGAGGCAGUCGUGCGCAGCGAGCGGGUGGCGCAGGAGUCUGGGGUCCCCGAGCGCCCAGCCCGGGAGCAUGAUCGUGGACAAGCUGCUGGACGACAGCCGCGGCGGAGAGGGGUUGCUGGACGCGGCCGGCGACGGUGGCCUCAUGACCAGCCCGCUGAACCUGGCCUACUUCUACGGCGCAUCGCCCCCGGCCGCGGCCCCGGGCGCCUGCGACGCCAUCUGCUCGUCGUCGGGGCCCUCGGCGCCCGGCUCGCCCGGCUCGGACUCCUCCGACUUCUCCUCCGCCUCGUCCGUGUCCUCCUGCGGGGCCGUGGAGUCCCGGCCGAGAGGUGGCGCGCGCGCCGAGCGGCUGCAAGUUGAGCCCCAUAUGGGGGUUGGAAGGCAGCAGAGAGGACCCUUUCAAGGUGUUCGUGUGAAGAACUCAGUGAAGGAACUCCUGUUGCAUAUCCGAAGUCAUAAACAGAAGGCUUCUGGCCAAGCUGUGGAUGAUUUUAAGACCCAAAGUGUGAACAGAGAGCAAUUCACAGAAUUGAAGAACACAGUAUCAUAUAGUGGAAAAAGGAAAGGACCUGAUUCAUUGUCUGAUGGACCAGUUUGCAAAAGGCCAGCUUUAUUACAUACCCAGUUUUUGACACCACCUCAAACACCAACACCCGCAGAGAGCAUGGAAGAUGCUCAUCACAGUGAAUCCAAACAGGACAGCAGUGCUGAUCUGCUUCAGAACAUAAUCAACAUUAAGAAUGAAUGCAGCCCGGUUUCCCUGAAUACCGUCCAAGUUAGUUGGAUGAGCCCUGUGGUGGUCCCUCAGGGCUCUCCCCAAGAACAGUGUCAGGACUUCCACAGAGGGCAGGUCUUCUCGCCACCUCAGAAACACCAACCGUUCCAAGUCAGCAGCUCCCCACACAUGGUGGAUCAGACGUCCCUGUACCAGUACUCUCCACAGAGCCAGAACUUGCAGCCACAGCACUACACCCACAACCCAACUCUGGAAUACAGUCCUUAUUCCAGAACGUCCCAGUCCCCCAAUUAUGAACCAAACCUCUUUGAUGGUCAAGAACCACAGUUCUGCCCAGAUCAAAGUUUUGCAUCUCUUCUGAGUAGUCAGGAACCUGAGAAUAUUGCUGUUCCCAUUCAGAAUUCCCCCAGUGUUCAGCAACAGAAUGACGCACACCUGCAGAACUUCAACAUGAUGCCACAUGGCGCCUGUGAGGCCAUGAUGGGGCAUGACGCAUGCUCUACCCUUUUAGGCACUUCACUGCCAUUCCCAAACAUCAUCGGAAACCCAAUGAACACCACACAGUUAGGGAAGUCAUUUUUCCAGUGGCAAGUAGAACAGGAAGAAAGCAAAUUGGCAAAUAUCUCUCAAGAUCAGUUUCUUUCAAAGGAUGCAGAUGGUGACACGUUCCUCCAUAUUGCCGUCGCCCAAGGGAGAAGGGCACUUUCCUAUGUCCUCGCAAGAAAGAUGAAUGCGCUUCAUAUGUUGGAUAUUAAAGAGCACAAUGGACAGAGCGCCUUUCAGGUGGCAGUGGCUGCCAAUCAGCAUCUCAUUGUGCAGGAUCUGGUGAACCUUGGGGCCCAGGUGAACACAACCGACUGCUGGGGAAGAACCCCUCUGCAUGUCUGUGCUGAGAAAGGUCACUCUCAGGUGCUUCAGGCAAUUCAGAAGGGAGCAGUGAAGAGCAAUCAGUUUUUGGAUCUUGAGGCAACUAACUAUGAUGGCCUGACUCCUUUACACUGUGCGGUCGUGGCCCACAAUGCGGUGGUGCAUGAACUGCAGAGAAAUCAACAGCCCCAUUCACCUGAAGUUCAGGAGCUUUUGCUGAAGAAUAAGAGUCUGGUUGACACCAUUAAAUGUCUGAUUCAAAUGGGAGCAGCAGUGGAAGCAAAGGAUCGUAAAAGUGGUCGCACAGCCUUGCAUUUGGCAGCUGAAGAAGCAAACCUGGAACUCAUUCGCCUUUUUCUGGAGCUGCCCAGUUGCCUGUCUUUUGUGAAUGCGAAGGCUUACAAUGGAAACACUGCCCUCCAUGUUGCUGCCAGCCUUCAGUAUCGGGUGACACAGUUGGAUGCAGUCCGCCUGUUGAUGAGGAAGGGAGCAGACCCAAGUACUCGGAACUUGGAGAAUGAACAGCCAGUGCAUUUGGUUCCUGAUGGCCCUGUGGGGGAACAGAUCCGACGUAUCCUGAAGGGAAAGUCCAUUCAGCAGAAAGCUCCACCAUAUUAGCUCCAUUGACGUGGAGCCUCGUCGGCAACACUCACUGUCAGUUAGGCAGUCCUAAUGUAUCUGUACAUAGACCAUUUGCCCUGUAUUGGCAAAUGUAAGUUGUUUCUAGGAAACAAACAUAUUUAGUUCACUAUUAUAUAGUGGGUUAUAUUAAAGGAAAAGAAGAAAAAUAUCUAAUUCCUUUCGGCAGAUUUUAAUAUUUCACACCCAGGUAUCUGGGAUCUACACACCUGAAUUUAAUCUUGAGUGGUAAAAUUGACUUUAAUUAACAGUCGUUUUCGGGUAGGACAAGGCUUUGAUUUGUGGCAUCAGGCCUUGCUCGUGUAGCUAUUGCCAGUUUAAAAGUAGGUCAAUUGUAAAUGUUUUUGUAAGGAAAAGGACAGCAUUUGAAAGGGAAAAAAUAAAUCUGUUUGUCAUGUUGAGGCUUCAUUUGGCCUAACGCAGUACCUGAUGGCCGUUAUUGGUGUUGGAAAGUGUCUAGGUGCUGGACUAGAUGAAAUGUACCAUGGUUAAAAUUUGAUCUUUGCAAGUUGUAUACAGUUGUUGUUUUUGUCUUUUGAAGUAUUUGUACAUAUUUGGCCAUUGACAUGGCCACAUUUGAAAUGUGUAAAUCAACAGAGUAGAAAAGAACAAGUGAAUUGUCACUAUUUAAAAAAAUUAUACAUGUUCCAAAGAGCUGUGUCAUCAUCAUCUGUCUACCAUCUCUGUAGAUGAAGCAGAUGGAGAGUCGUUCCCCUCCUGGCCGACAGAGCUCUGUUUGAAUUGUAAAUAUGCUUUUACUCCUGCAUUGAGAUGAAACACAUUAUUUGUAAUGAAUUGCAUGCUCUUGAGGAGAACACCUCUAUGGCUCACUUUCUAGGUUUUGUAAUUUACUUGCUGGAAUUUUGUUACCUUUAUUGGAACAUCAAAAAGUCAACACUGAACCGUGUCUUACUGGUUUUCUAUUGUCAAAUAAUGUUAAUACACUAUGAUGUUUUACAUUACCAUCCAGAAAAAAAUGCCUUAUAUUUGAGUAACCUUGAUUCUAUAAUAUUAUUUUGCUUUUUACUCUUGCAUACACCAAGGAAUGUAUUUGGCUUUGAUUGCACACACUAAUUCACUGUAAUAAAUUUGAUUCAUUAAAAACCUUUUUUUUUUUUUUUUUUUUAAUGAGAAGUCCCACAAGCAACUGACUGACUAAUCAUCUUCAUAGCUAAAUCCUUUUAAAAAAGAUAACCUUUGGAUCGAUCACAUUGUUUGACCCAGUAUGUCUUGUGGACAAAAGUUAGUUAUAGUUAUUUACUAUCUGUAAAUACAGCUGUAUUAUGAACUCAUGGAAAAACUCAUGCAUGGAUUUAAAUAAACAUUAAUUCAGUAAUACCGUUCAUCUUAAGGAUGUGUAUUUUCUUUUUCUAGGCCCUUAUUUAUAUUUCCCUAGGCUGAAAAACUGCUAUUGAUUACUAAUCUAAAUAACUUUAAAUUAUUAAUAUAUUAAUUAAAAUAUAAAAUUUAUAAAGUAGCAAUAAAAUAUUAUAUUAAAUAUUAUAAAACAGUAAUAUUUAUCAAUGUUUUAAUAUUAAUAUGUUAAUGAUUAUAUUAUAUUAAUUAAAUAUUAAUAUAUUUUAAUUUGGCUUUUUUUGAGAACAUGAUUCCUAAAGGUGUAUAUGAUUUAACAUAAAAAGAUUGUUUGCCAAGUUUGUAGAGGCUUAUUGGGUUCUGAAAAUAUCAUGAAACCUUAAUAGUUACUGUUGAUCAUUUAGAAAUUUAUGUACCAGAAAGCUAAUUCUUAUGUUUGUGACUUUAGUUUUCAUACUUUAUUUUCUGGGAACAGUGAGCAUAGGGAAAACAGUUUGGAUAUUAACAGAAUCAUCCUGAGAGAUACCAGCCUGGGAAGAUCAGUAAACAGUGUCCUUCUCAUUCCCAACAUGCCAUUUUGACGUGUGAGAACAAACAUACCAACAUCUGUCAGUGUCAGUCAGUUAUUCUGCACUUAUUCUACUCUUAUAACCUCUUUUGAGAAUCUGCUAGAAGCUAUGAAUCCUUUCCCUGGAAAAAUGCACCUAUGCACAUAUAUGCAAAUUCUGCAUACAGUAUCAGGGACUUUACAGAUGCUAAGAGUCCAUGGCUCAGGUUAGGAAUCUACUGUCGGUCAUUUAUUUCUGUAAAUGUAGGUCUGUAGGUGAAAUAUUUCUGUAGGUCAAAUAUAAUUUGUCUUCUUUCAUUGCAUUGCAAUGCAACCUGAUAACUAGAACAGUAGAACCGAUACACCCCUGUGAAACAGAUAUACAGUGAGCUUUUUUCAAGUGAGCUUAACUCUUCUCUUAAUCCCAAGUUCUCUCAUAAUUAGUUGAUUGAACCAGUGCUUAGCAAGCAUAUGACUUGCGUGUCUGUGUGCAUGCACGUGCAAAGUGCAAAGCUGUAUAAUGAACAAUAUGAGGCAUUCAAAGACAUAAAAAGGAUAUUUCUUAAGAUGUAUAUGUGGCAGACAAGGCAUGCACUUUGUUAGGUAACAAAAAGGGGGGAGAAAUACUGAUCCAGAAGAAUUUAUAUCUCAAAGGGGAGAACAAGGGAGACUUGAAGUUAGAGCAUUUGAGCUGUGCCUUCACAAGAGUUGAUUUGGAUGUUCAUAGAUGACGAGGAGGAGGGGUGGUAAAAGGGACAGAAACAGAAAAUGAUGUGAACCAAGGCAAUUGUAUUUCGGGGAAACCACCAGUGAUUCAGUGUAGUUUUGUUAGUAUCUGGAUGGCCAAUUUCAUCUUGUGUUCUACCUCUUACUGGAAGCAUUCUCAUGAAGGGCAUGUUGAGAAGCAUCCUCAGGCCAUCCAGGGGCUUGGCAGGAGAGGGUGCUGUGAUUGAUAACAUACCUCUGCUGCAGAGGUAUGUGGGGUGGCUCUUGAUGGGAUGUUGUUUUGAAGAAUGAGCCCCACAGAAACCAAGACUUCAUGCUCACUGCUGCAACCUCAGUGCCUGGCACAUAGAAGGAGCUCAUGAAAAGAAUUGGUUAAAUGAGUGAAUGAAUGUAUGUAAAUAUUGGUUGGGAUCAUUGAUUCUGGGAAGAAGUAAUGCCUCAAGCCAGAGUUCUAUUAUUAAGUAAUAAUGAACUAGUGACUUAUAGUUUGGAACCUGACUCAGCCGUGUAAUCUAAUAAUGACAUCAAUGAGACGAAAAUGCCAUUUCACAAAAAUGGGCAUAGUUGUACUCUUUUUAAAAUCAGUCCUUUUGUAAAGGACUAACUCUAGGGGCGUCUGGGUGGCUCAGUUAUUUAAGCAUUCGACUACGGCUCAGGUCAUGAUCUCACAGCUUGGGAGUUCAAGCCCUGCCUCCAGCUCUGUGCUGACAGCUCAGAGCCUGGAGCCCACUUCAGGUUCUGUGUCUCCCUCUCUCUCUGCUCCUCCCCUGCUCACACUCUGUCCCUCUCUCUCUGUCAAAAAUAAAUAAUAAAACAUUUUUAAAAAUUUAAGAAAAUGUAAAGGACUAACUCUAGUACCAUAAUUUUGGUAUUUCACGAAGGAUUCCCCUCAAACGACCAAAUUUUACAGAUCUAUUUGUUAAUCAAAUCAGUAACAUUUAAUUGUUUUUACUUAAUCAGGAAAGAAUUUCCUCAAACUCCUCUAACCUUUAAUAAAUGUCAACUUCUUAAACUCAGUACCACAUCCAUUUUAUGAUAAUAUCAGUUCUGUAUUGAAUGUGACCUUAGGGAGAAAUCAACUUCAUCCACUGGCUAAGUUCUCAAUGGUUCCUCUGAGAUCAGGCCUGGAUAUGAGGUUUCAGAUUAGAGAUUUCAGAUGAGACCAGACUACUGGGUUUUUGUUUUUUCUGGUAGUGCCCUGGAUUUGCCCUUGAGAGGAGGGGAGUGGCCAUCUUAUUUAUCAUCAGAUGUGAUGAGUAGCAUAGUAUCUGACACGUGGUAGAGAGAAAAUAAAUACUUCCUCUUUUUUUGUUGUUGUUGUUUGUUGUUGUUAAGUAGGCUCCACACCCAGUAUGGAGCCCAAUGCAGGGCUUGAACUCAUGACCCUGAGAUCAAGACCUGAGGUGAGAUCAAGAGUCAGAUGCUUAACUGAUGACCCGCCCAGGUGUCCAAGGAAGUAAUUCUCAAAUUGAGUUUACUUUUACAGCUCUCUUUUUAUUUAUUUAUUUUUUAAUGUUAACUUUUUUUGAGAGACAGAGAGAGAGAGUGUGAGCAGGGGAGGGACAGAGAGAGACCAAAACACAGAGUCUGAAGCAGGCUCCAGGCUCUGAGCUGUCAGCACAGAGCCCGACGUGGGGCAUGGACUCCCAAGCUGUGAGAUCAUGACCUGAGCCAAAGUUGGACGCUUAACCAACGGAGCCACCCAGGCGCCUCUAUAGCUCUCUUUUUAAUUUAUAUUUUCUCAGCAUAGUUUAUACUUCAAUGUAUAAAUAUUUUAUUAUUCACAUGGAGUUUACACGUUUUUUAGUGCAGAAAUACUUUCAUACUUCAGCUUUAUACCAACUCUGGUUUCAGCUGCUGAAUGGCCAAGUUUCAAGGUUUCGGUCUUUGUUGGAUAUCAGCAUCUUUUGUGAAACUUAUUAAAUGUGCAAGUGCCUUGGCCCCACCCCAGACUUCCUGAGUCAGAAUUUCCAGGGUUUUCAGGGCUCCUGGCAGGUAUAUGUGAAGAUGAUUUUAGUGCACAGUUUUAGUCUAAAUUAUUUAGGAAAUGCUGACUUUGGAGAGUACGUGUGGCUGGGCAGUGGCCAUAUGGUGGUAACAGAAUGGGCUCCUGGAAUACCCGGGGGGAUAAGGUAGCAAACUGAUGAAUGCCUGCUACGAGCCAGGCACGUUGGAUCCCAUGUCAUAGAAACCAGCUUUGAAGGAGAGAUCAGGAGUCAUUGAACCUGUCUUUUUUUUUUUUUUUUUUUUUUUUGCUUUCAGGAAACACUUUUCUAGGGUCAUUUUGGUUUUUAAUCCUCAGGUGCAUUAGUUUCCUAAGACUAUGUAACAAAUUACCACAAACCCGGUGGUUGAAAUCGAGAGAAAUUUAUUCUCUC